UGCAACUCUCUCAAAUCCUAAAUUCCCAAAAUGCCCUUCUCUCCUUCCUUCUUCCUCUUUCUCUCCUCCUCCUUCCUCCUCCUCCACCUCUCCCUUUCCUCUCCAUUCAAUACUUCUUUCUUCAUUGACUGUGGAAGUCCCGAAACUUCUACAGACGUAUUCAACCGUACAUGGCUUCCUGAUCAAUUUUACUCCGGCGGAAGCACCGCCGUUGUCUCCGAGCCUCUUCGAUUCCAUCUAAUCGCCGAGAAAACCAUCAGGUACUUCCCUCUUUCCUUCGGCAAGAAGAAUUGCUACGUCGUUCCUCUCCCUCCUGGUCGUUACUAUCUCAGAACUUUCACCGUUUAUGAUAACUACGACGGUAAAUCUCAUUCCCCGUCUUUCGAUGUCUCCGUCGAAGGCACUCUUGUUUUCUCCUGGAGAUCUCCUUGGCCGGAGACUCUCCUUCGCGAUGGCUCUUAUUCUGAUCUCUUUGCGUUUAUUGGUGACGGUGAGCUCGAUUUGUGCUUUUAUAGCAUCGCUACUGAUCCUCCCAUUGUUGGUUCGUUAGAAGUCUUACAAGUUGAUCCUUCGUCGUACGACGCCGAUGGGACUGGUCAGAAUGUUUUGUUGGUUAACUAUGGGAGGCUCUCUUGUGGUUCAGAUCAGUGGGGACCUGGAUUCACUAACCACACCGAUAAUUUCGGGCGGUCGUGGCAAUCCGAUGAAGAUUUUCGAUCAGAAGAUUCGAGAUCGGUGGCUAGGUCGUUGUCGACGUUGGAGAAGAUCAAAGGAGUGGAUCAGGCGCCUAAUUAUUUCCCGAUGAAGCUUUAUCAAACGGCUGUUACAGUUUCUGGUGGUAGUUCGUUGGUUUAUGAGCUUGAGGUUGAUGCGAAGCUUGAUUACUUGCUUUGGUUUCAUUUUUCUGAGAUUGAUUCUACGGUGAAGAAGGCUGGGCAAAGAGUGUUUGAUUUGAUGGUGAAUGAUAACAAUGUCAGCAGAGUUGAUGUAUUCCAUGAGGUUGGAGGAUUUGCAGCUUAUAGUUUAAACUAUACUGUGAAGAAUCUGAGUAGUACUAUUGUGACAGUGAAAUUGUCUUCUGUUUCGGGUCCACCGAUAAUCAGUGGGCUUGAGAAUUAUGCCAUUGUUCCUGCUGAUAUGGCUACAGUGCCUGAACAAGUAACUGCUAUGAAAGCAUUGAAGGAUUCACUACGUGUUCCUGAUAGAAUGGGUUGGAAUGGUGAUCCUUGUGCUCCUACUAGCUGGGACGCUUGGGAGGGAGUCUCAUGCCGGCCAAACUCGGAAGGAUCUGCUCUUGUGAUAUUUCAAAUAGACCUUGGAAGCCAAGGCUUGAAAGGAUUUAUCAGUGAGCAAAUAAGUCUGCUAACAAAUUUGAAUAGCCUGAACUUGAGUUCAAAUACCUUAACUGGUCAACUACCUUUGGGUCUUGGUCAUAAAUCCCUUGUGAGUCUUGACUUGUCAAACAAUCAGCUCACAGGACCAAUACCUGAAAGUCUGACCUUGUCAAGCUUAAAGCUCGUGCUUCUGAAUGGCAAUGAAUUACAAGGAAAGGUACCAGAGGAGGUCUAUUCAGUUGGUGUUCAUGGUGGAAUUAUCGAUCUUUCUGGAAACAAAGGAUUAUGCGGUGUACCAUCUCUUCCGACAUGUCCAUUAUUAUGGGAGAAUGGCCACUUAUCCAAAGGGGGUAAAAUAGCCAUAGCCAUAUCAUGUGUGGUGUUUGUCAUUCUGGUUCUCUUGGUCAUUUACUUGUGUUGCAUCUGGAGAGGAAGACAUGAUUAUGACUUUGCCCCUCCUCACGAUUUAACAUCGCUAGCAGCAAAGAGAAACAGAUACCAGAGGCAAAAGUCGUUGAUGCUACUGGAAAUGGAGAGUCAACACGCAAAAGGAAUGCCCACACUUCCCCUGAAUUCGCAAUAGCCGAGAAAAAGAAAUAGGAAGAGAUUUGACUUUGGACAGAGCAAGGAGAUGAGAUGAGGAUUAGAGGUUUGUUAUGUGUAAUUAGUAUACGAAGCAUUACUCCUCAAGAAGACCACGAAUAAACAUUAAAGAAGGGC